UCUAUAAACUCAAAUUGGUAGCUAGCAAAGGGGUGACCAUGGAUGUUAUCAUGGGAGUUAUUAAUAACUUUGCUACUAAAACUGCUGAAUUUACGGUUGAAGCUAUUGGUCGUCAAUUUGGUUACAUACUCUACUACAAGGGCAACCUUACCAAGAUGACAACUGAUGUCCAACAUUUGGAGGGAAUAAAAGACAUUUUGCAACACAAUGUUGAUGAGGCCAGAAGGAACGGAGAAGAGAUUGAAAAUAUUGUCCAGAAUUGGUUGAACACAGUGGACAUCACUGUUGCAGAUGCAAAUGAAAUUAUUGACAGUGAAGGCCAUGCAAAAGCUCAAUGCUCUAUGAGACAUUUUCCCAAUUUGUGCACAAGGCACCAGCUAAGUAAGAAGAUGAUAAAGAUGAUGCAAACGAUUUCUAAAAUCGUAGCAGAAGGAAGUUUUGAUAAAAUUUCUUACCGCGCUGCUUCUCAAAUUACAGUUACGCCGUUCGGUAGAGGUUAUGAGGCCCUUGAAUCCAGAACAUCAAUGUUGAAUGAGAUUAUACUGGCAUUGAAGGAUCCUAGCAUCUUCAUUGUUGGGGUGUAUGGAAUGGGUGGUGUGGGGAAGACAACACUGAUGAAAGAGUUAUCUUGGAAAGCGAAGAAUGAUGGGUCAUUUGGUACUAUUGUUAUGGCUACUAUAACAAGUUUACCAAAUCUUGAAACAAUUCGACACCAAAUUGCUGAAGCCUUGGAUUUCAAGUUUAAUAAGAAGACAGAAGAAGGAAUGGCAAGUGAAUUACGUGAUAGGAUAACCAAGGAGAAGCGUAUUCUUGUUAUUUUGGAUGACAUUUGGGGGAGACUUGAUUUGACAGAACUAGGGGUUCCUUUUGGUAAUGAUCACAAAGGAUGCAAAUUGGUGGUGACAUCCAGAGAUCUUAAUGUGUUGAUUUGUGAGAUGCGCACUCAAAAAGAAUUUAGACUUGAAAUUUUACUUGAGGAGGAUAGCUGGAAAUUGUUUGAGAAGAUGGCAGGUGAUGUUGUUCACGAAUUCAAUAUAAAACCAAUUGCGAUAAAGGUUGCCAAAUGUUGUGCUGGUUUGCCCCUUUUGAUAGUCACUACGGCAAAGGCUUUGAGGAAAAAACAAGUCUCUAAUUGGAAGGAUGCCUUAAAUGAAUUACAGAGAUUUGAUCAAGAAGGGUUGCAUAAGAAAGUUUACUCUACUCUGGAAUUGAGUUAUAAUUGUUUAGAGAGUGAAGAACUGAAGUUGCUAUUCUUAUUAAUUGGUUCCUUUGGACUGGAUUACCGCUACACUGGUUCAAUUUUUGUAUGUUAUUGGGGGUUGGGCUUAUUUAGACAUUCUCACAAAUUGGCAGAUGCAAGAAUCAGAUUCAACAGAUUAAUAAAUGACCUUAAGGCAUCUUCAUUGUUACUUGAGUCUGAAUUUGAUCGGGUUAGAAUUCAUGAUUAUGUAAGAGAUAUGGCUAAAUCAAUUUCAUGUAGGACUCGACCAACCUAUGGGGUGAAAAGGUACACUAAAGUAAAUCAAUGGCCUGGGAUGGAUGAGCUUCAAAAAUGCCAUCAGAUCAUCCUUCCUUGGUCUUAUAUUUACAAGCUUCCUGAGAAGCUGGUGUGUCCAAAGUUGGAGCUACUUCAAGUUGAAAAUAUAGGUGAUUAUUUGGAAGUCCCCAACGACUUAUUCUCUGGGAUGAGAGAGUUAAAAGUCGUUAGUUUAUGUGGAAUGAUGUUUACCCCUUCUCUACCAUCAUCUCUUCAUCUCUUGACAAAAAUCCAAACAUUGGAUUUGGGUGGAUGUGUGUUAGAAGACAUAUCAAUAGUGGCAGAGCUGAAGAGUUUAGAGAUUCUCAGCCUUGAAAGAUCAGAUAUUACAGAGCUCCCUAAAGAAAUAAGACAACUAACUAAUCUUCGAAUGCUGAACUUAGCCAAUUGCUCUAGACUGAGAUUCAUUCCUGCAAAUCUUAUUUCAAGCCUAACUUGCUUGGAAGAGUUGUACUUGGGGAAUUGUUUUAUCGAGUGGGAUGUCAAGGGAAGCAACGAUCAAAGCAAAAAUGCAAGUCUAGAAGAGCUAAGGAGUUUGUCUCAUCUAACCGCUUUGGACAUAAUGACUCAAGAUGCUUCAGUUUGGCCUAGGGACUUGCUAGUCUUUGAAAAGCUUGAAAGAUACAACAUAUUUGUUGGUGAUAUGUGGAAAUGGUCUUUGGACUGGUCUGGAAAUGCAUAUGAACCUGCCAGGAUACUUAAGCUCAACGACAGUAGGGGUUCAAGCAUUCUUUUGGAUCGUGGAUUUAACUCCUUGUUGAAUUCAGCCGAGGACAUGUGUCUUGCCAAAAUACAUUGUGUUAGAAAUGUUCUUUAUGAGCUGAAUAGGGGAGGUUUUCCGCAAUUAAAACAUUUGCGCCUUCAAGAAAGCACUGAGCUUCAGUACAUCAUUAAUUCAACGGGGUGGGUUCAUCCCUAUCCUGCUUUACUCAACUUAGAGACUCUGGCUCUUCAAAAUCUGUUUAAUCUGGAAAAAAUAUGCCAUGGGCCAAUUCCAAUUCAAUCUUUUGUCAAACUAAAAUCUUUUGAAGUCAAAGGUUGUGACAAAUUGAAGAAUCUGUUGCGGUAUUCCCUUGUUAGAGACCUUCCUCAACUUCGUGAAAUAAAAAUUGCUGAUUGCCAAAUGAUUACAGAAAUCAUAUAUGAGGUGGAUAAAGAAAUUGACAAGAUUAUAUUCCCUGAGUUGUGUUCUCUUGAACUUGAAAGUUUGCCUCGUCUCGUUAGUUUAUGUGCGCCAUUGACGCAGUGCAUACAUGUGCCGCUAAUUGAUCAAAAGGUUGUGAUGCCCCACCUUGAACUAUUGAAGCUGUCUAAGAUCAAUUGUGAGAAACUGUGGGAUGACAAACUUCUGAGUCAUUCUCGCAUGCAAAACUUGAAGAGUUUGACAAUGGACAAAUGUGGUAGCAUGAGAUACGCAUUCUCAUCCUCAGUUGCUAGAGAACUUGUAAACCUGAAAUCUCUUAAGAUUAGUAAUUGCCAAAUGUUGGAGGACAUAUUUGUCUCAGAUGGAGAGUUCGGCAGUCUUCCUUUACCGCCAAUCUUGGAGACAUUUGAAAUCUCCAACUCUAAUGACGAGGAUCUACUUCCAAUGUUAGAGACAUUUGAAAUCUCCCACAUGGAACACUUGAAGUCAGUAUGGCACAAUCAAUUAGCCCCAAAUUCCUUCUGCAAAUUGAAGCAACUGAAAAUUCAAUUCUGCAAUAAAUUAUCAAAUAUAGUUCCAUCUAAUGUUCUUGAUAAAUUACAGAAGCUGGAGACAAUGACUGUAACAGAUUGUCCUAAUCUGGAAGUUGUGUUCGAAACACAAGGUCUAAAAGCAGAUGGUGGUAGACAGAUAAGGCUGGAUAUGCAAUUGAAAACUCUCACUUUGAAAAAUUUACCGAUGUUAAAACACAUAUGGAGUGGGAAUCCUAUUCAAAGCUUCAAGUUUCAAAACAUCUUCGUAUUGAAAGUUAUUGAAUGUAAAACCCUUAAUCAUGUCCUUCCCCUCUCUAUGGCUAAAGAGCUUCAGCAUCUCCAAGAAAUUUAUAUUGAAGAAUGUGGCAUAGAGUUUAUUGCAGCACAUGAUGAAUUGGCUGACACAUAUCCGAUACUUAUUUUCCCAGAAUUAACAUCUUUGAGUUUUCGAGAUUUGUCACAACUUAGAAGCUUCUCUCAUGGAUUACAGACCUUGGAUUGUCCUGUUUUAAGACAUGUGGAUGUGCUUCAUUGUGACAAGCUUGUUCUAUUCAAGCCAAAGUCUCUAAAUUACCAAGAAAUUGUUCCAGUUGAUACAGUACCCCUUCUUUCAAUCGAAAAGAUAGCUAUUAACUUGAAUCUGAUUACUUGUAUUUCAUAG